AUGUCAAAUUUUGACUUUACAAAUGUUUCCACAGUGGUUCAUGACAAUGACAAUAAAACGAAAGCCAUCAUCCAGCAAUAUGCUCCGAAUGCUAAAAUUACACUUGAUCCUCGUCAUUGUGUACGUGCAGUUGGCAGAGCUUUCGAAAAGCUUGAAAAUGGUGGAUAUAAAGAAGCAGCAGGAAAAGAAACUGUUAAUCAACAGAAAGAAAGUGAAUCACAGCCAGCAUUCCCAAUCAAAUCUAAAGCAGAAGAGCCGAAGAAACGUGGAAGACCAUUAAAACACCAAGAAAAAGUAUUUCAUCAGAUAUAUUCGAAAGUUAUUAAGUGGUUCACUUUUAUUAUCAUGCUUCCAAUUGAAACAACGAAAAAAAUUUUCCUAUGGAAGAAUACAUUAA